GAUAACUUCAGACUCUUACAGUCCUUCCAAAGACACAGAAAGACUCAGGCUGGAGAAAGAUGUUCAGUGCUAUGUUCUUUGAGGAGAGCAGUGAUGAGAUCCUGAUCUACUGCAUCAGUGAACAAAGGCUCCUUUAAUAAAGUGAGGAGAAGACAGGCAGAAAACUGCUGCACAUUCAAGUUAUUUCAGAUAAGAAAAAUGGAGACAAAAGAAGAUUUUUCUUAUUAAAAUAGAUGGGUCUGCUAACUGUGAUCAUGUGCCUUGCUGCACUGCACCAAGCUGUUGGACAGCCAGCUCCGGGAUUUUCUACUUUGUCACAUCUCAGAGUGGAUAACCAAAAGGUGAUUGUCAACAAGCAUAAUGAACUUCGGCGUGCGGUGAAUCCCACUGCCAGAAAUAUGCUGAAGAUGAACUGGAAUCCUGAAGCUGCGAGCAAUGCUCAGAGAUGGGCAGAUCAGUGUAAAAUGUCCAUCAGUCCUAGAAAUGAGAGAGUUGCUAAUGGUGUCUUCUGUGGUGAAAAUAUCUUACAGGCAACUUAUCCUCAGUCUUGGUCUGAUGCAAUCCAAAACUGGUAUAAUCAAGUGGCUAAUUUCAAAUAUGGUACUGGAGCAAUCAAAGACAAUGCCCCUAUUGGUAGCUACACUCAGGUGGUUUGGUAUAAUUCUUACGAGAUUGGAUGUGCAGUUGCCUACUGUCCUCAGAAUAAGUGGCAGUACUUCUAUGUGUGCCAGUACUGUCCCGCAGGAAAUAAUGCAGCAGACUUAUCUAAGCCGUACAAACAGGGCCCAACGUGUGGCGAUUGCCCUAAUGCCUGCGACCAAGGACUCUGCACCAACCCUUGCAAGUAUAUGGAUACGUACACAAACUGUGCCACCUUAAAAGAGCUCUUUGGCUGUACUCAUUCUCUGGUGAAGGAAAAAUGUCCAGCUUCCUGCAAAUGCACCAAUGAAAUAAAAUAAUGUCCUGCUAUCCAUCACUUUCUCUUCCUUGAGAUUGUUUUAUUUGAUAGAGAAGAGAACCCAGGAUAAAACAAAAACAAAAACAUUCCCAAUAUUUUCAUAUCCGCUUGAAUUCUGGAUAAAACA